AAGAGUAUGGUACCGUCUGGUCGUCUUUCUGAACUCCUUUUUUCUCGUGGCUCCCUGACCCCGACUGAAGCUCAUAUGGGCCAUGAAGAACUUUAAAGGAACAGACUUUGGAAAAUGGAUGAGCAGCCAAGAGGAGGCCAAGGCUUUGCUGGUUGACCUGAAGGAGUUCCUGUCCAGACCUCUGGAUAGCCCCACAGGCCGCUCGCUUGCAACAGAACAACGACUGGCAUGUGAUGGCAUUCUGAGGGCCUGCAACCAGCAAGUGGUGGCUGGGCUGGCUUGCCCUGAGCACCUGGGCAGCCUCUUAGCGCUGGCAGAGUUGGCCUGCGAUGGCUACUUGAUGGCAACCCCGCAUCGCUCACCCCUCUACUUGGAACGGAUCCUCUUUGUCCUGUUACGGAAUGUUACUGCCCAGGUGGCCCCAAAAGGUGUUCGUCGCCUGACCCAAUCAUUGCAUGCUUGCCUAGUGCAGCAUGUGCCUGUGGGUGCAUCCCAGGAUUACGAGGCUAUUGCCCGAGGUGCCUUCUCUUUGCUCUGGAAGAGGGCAGAAGCAAUCGGGGAACUGCGAUCAGCCUUCUCUGUUCGCCUGUGGGCCCUGAGCUUCCUGGUUCUCCUGGAAGAUGAAAGUACCCCCUGUAAAUUCCCCCUUUUUGCUUCCCCAACGGCUUGUCAAGCUGAAGCUGCCUGUCGGCUCUUUGAAGCUAGUGGGCAACAUUUGAGUAAGGCAGAUGCCUGCUUCCUCAGUGAACAGCUCUCUACCUGUGUGAUCAAAGUGCUGGUUGGUGAGGAAGCCUGCCCCUCACAUCCUCUCUCUCCCUGCAGGGCCCUCUGCCUCCUAGAGCUCACCUUAGAACAGUGCCGGAGGCUCUGCCUGAGCAACUGCUGUGAGGAGGCCACUAGGGCUGUGCAGGAAGCCCGUGGUUAUCUAGGAAACACAGACCUGGCCCCUAGCCUCCAGUUGUGCCUCUCUGGGGUAGAACUGCAGAGCUUGCUGGCAGGAGCCUGUGAGGCAGUGGGUGAGCUACUGCGCAAGGCUGCAGUUACCCUUGGCUUUGGGGUCAAGGGCCCACCGUCCUCACUUAGGGCCCUUGUUGAGACUUGCCAGUUCAUCAUCUCCAUCCUAGAGAGUAAUACCCUGAAAAAGUAUGACGUGGACACCAUCCUCGGCUUUGCUGCCUUCUUGGGCAAAUACUGUCAUCUUCUUCGCCAGCUUCGGGACAGUACUCCUGUGGAUUGCCCCAAGCAGCAUCAGGUCUUGGCUCAGAUGCAUUUCCAUGGGCUCCAACUCUAUACCAGAAUGGUUUAUGAUUUCUUCAAUGGUUCUAAGGUAACUGAUUUGGCUGACCUGACCCAGCUAGUAGAGAGUUGUCACUGUGCUGUUGUCUGGAUGCUGGAUGCUUUAGAGGGUCUGAACGAGCAAGAACAGGCGGAGUACCUUGGAAUCACUGCCUGCUGCACCAGUCACUUGGCCUAUAGAUUCUACAACCAGAAGCUCUAUACUGAGGCCAGUUCUGUCACUGAGCCUUUCUGUCAGAAGAUAGGAUUGGCAAAGCCUGGCACAUACCCUGGAGUGCCUCCAGAGAAGCUACACAAAUGCUUCCGGUUACAUGUAGAGAGCCUAAAGAAGCUAGGCCAGCCAGCCCAGGGCUGCAAGAUGGUGGCUCUGUGGCUGACGGCCCUGCAGCCCUGCACCAUGGAGCAAAUGGUGGAGCCCAUCAGCUUCUGGGUCCGUGUCAAGAUGGACGCUGCCAAGGCUGGUGAAAAGGAACUGCAGCUGAAGACCCUGCGGGACAGCCUUCCUGGUUGGAGCCCAGAGAUCCUGACGUGCAUGCUGGUAAAAGAGCUACGAGGAUAUAAGGCCGUUCGGGCCGACACCGGACAAGAGCGCUUCAAUGUUAUUUGUGACUUGCUGGAGCUGAGCGCAGAAGAGACGCCAGCUGGGGCCUGGGCACGGGCUACCUACUUGGUAGAGCUUGCUCAAGUACUGUGCUACUAUAACUUUGCCCAGCAAGCCGACUGCUCAGCUUUGGAUGCUGUGCAGGAGGCCCUGAAGCUGCUGGAGUCUGUACAGCCCGAGUGCCAGGCUACAGACCAGUUUUUGGAUGAUAAAGCCCAGGCUUUGCUGUGGCUCUACAUCUGUAUGCUGGAGGCCAAAAUGCAGAGAGGCAUCGAGCAAGACUUGAGGACAAAGUUGCAGCCCAACUUGAUAGAACUAGAAAGCAAUGACCUGAACUAUGACGAUAAAAUGCAGGAUGACCAUUUUCUUUACAGUAGCAUUGCCUUCAAUCUGGCUGUGGAUACUGCUUCUUCUAAGUGCUUAGAUCAGGCACUGGCGCUUUGGAAGGAGAUGCUAACUAAAGGACAGGUGCCCACCGUGAGAUGUCUACAGCAGACCGCUGCCUCCCUCCAGAUCCUGGCUUCCCUCUGUCAGCUGCUGGCCAAGCCACUACAGGCUCUCGAGACAUACUCGUUGCUACGUACACUCUCAGAAAAUCUUAAGGACUACAUUAAAGCAGCCAGUGCCUCCUGCCAUAUCACCCGUAUCCUUCUGACAUUAGACUGUCCCAGCUAUGCCCAGCUAUAUUUGAAGGAGGCAGAGUCCAGUCUGCAGCUCAGUGAUCACAAUAGUGAUGGAUACCUGCUCCUCACUCAAACCUGUGCCUUACUUCAAAGUCAACUUUACUGCAUCCAUAAGAAGGUAGCUCAAGGCCUCUCUUUGCUGCUGUCUGUGUUGCGGGAUUCGGCCCUUCAAAAACCUUCUAAGGCCUGGUACUUGCUUCGGGUCCAGGCCUUGCAGUUGGUGGCUGUCUACCUUAGUCUCCCCUCUAGCAGUCUUUCUAUCCAGCAGUGGGAGCAACUUUAUACUCAAGGCUGGCAGACCUCUGAGAUAGCACUCCUUGAAUCCCACAAGCUCCUCCGAAGCAUUAUCCUCCUUCUGGUGGGCAGAGAUCUGCUCUCUGUUCAGUGGGCUACUGGGGAGACUGUCUUUCAUGACUAUGGUGAGAACGUAAUACAGAAGUGGCAAGUUCUUGCAGAGGUUCUGGGCUGCUCAGAGAAGCUGAUAACCUUGUUGGGGCGCCUGGGCACUGUCAGUGAAGCCAAGGCCUUCUGCCUGGAGGCUUUGAGGCUCACGCUGAAGGUGCAGUGUCUACGCCAGUGUGCCCUGUUCCUGGUGUUAAAGGGAGAACUAGAACUAGCCCGAAAUGAUCUUGACCUCUGCCGUGCCGAUCUUGAGCAGGUGCUAUUCCUGCUUCAGUCUGGGACAGAGUUUGAAGGGAUAGCCCAGCUGCCAGAUGAUGUGAAAAAGAUCCAUCCCCAGAAAGGACCACAACAGACUCGAGCAGCACCCUGUUCCGAGCUCCCUGAAGAAGAGCCUUUCCUGAAGGGCCCUGCUCUGCAGCUGGUGGCCACUGUGGAUAAGGAUCCUGGCCCUUCAGUGUCCUCUCCUGUUCUGAAAACCAAACCUCAGCCAUGCCCUGCCUUCCUUUCCCACUUACCUGCCUGCAACUGUAUCCUCUGUACUGAUCCUGCUCUUUUAGCUGUCUGCCUCCGGUGGGUGCUAGCCUCUGCUGGGGCAGAACUCUCCUCAGGCCAUCACGCAAAGGGCCUAGACUUGCUACAGUCUGUGCUCAGGAGAUGCCCAGGGGCCACAGACCGUCUAGCACAGAUUUUGCAGGCUACUCUGAGUCAGGAAGCCCCACCCUCACCUGCCCCACGAUUCCUAGAGGAACUCAUUGCUCAGGCUUACACUCAGUUGGCCCUGGAAGGUAUGAACCAUCCGCCGGACAAGGGCCUUUGGAGGAUCUUAGAGACUGGGCUGACUUUUGUUGCUUCUAGGACUCCCCACCUGAACCCCUGGCAUGCCAGCCUCCUUGUGGCAAAGGCCCUGGCAUUGCUAUCUAGUCUCAGCUGUUGUACCACUCAGCUCUUUGGGAAAGCCUGGACCUGGCAGCCUUCAGUGGUGAAGUUAUCCCAGACUCCAAAGUCUUCCAAAAGUCAGAGCCAAAAGCUUACAGAAGAAAAAGGCGAGCAGAUAGCCUCUGAUGACCUGUCUCUCCAUAAUACCUCCCUAGAAGAUCGGGAUGAGAGGCCUUCCACUGCACUACGGCCGACGGGGAGACCUUGUACCCCAAAGCAGCCCGGGCAAGCUGGACCCCAUGCACCUUUCACCGUGUUUGAUGAGGAACUUUCUACAAAGAGCAAAAAUGAUUUAGCCAAAGCACCCAGGGUGAGGUGCAGAGCCCAGACUCGUCUCAAGGUGAACUUUAGUGAUGAUGAAGACUAUGUUCCCCCUGAGAGACUGGCUGAAAAGCCCAAGAGAAGAGGAGCUAACUCUCGAGGCAGGGGCCGGGGUGGCAGGGCCUCGAGAUUAAAGACGGAUACUGAAGAUGUGCCAGGUGGCUCCAAGGAUCAGUUUACAUCUGGCAGCCGAACCCGCCAUAGCAAGAAGGAAGUGGUAGAGGAACACAUCCCUCAGAGAGCCCUUCGACGUCAGACAAGGUUGGACGUGGAGCUCAUGCGGACCAUUCCUGAAGAACACAUGACGAAUAAGCUGGAUGUGAGCUUUGAGAUUCUCCACAAUUCUGAGGAGGAAGGCCGGCAAAAAUUGAUGCCAGCAUGGCAUGAUACAACCAUGGGAGAGUGUGAAGUGGUAAGACGAGAUGCUGACAAGGAUGUUCCACCUUUCCUGGCUCCAGAGAAGAGAGAAAGCAAUAAAUACCAUGGCAUGCGUUCCAGGCUGGCCUCUGCCCCUGCAGCCUUUGGCCUCUCUACCCUUGACUCCGUCUAUGACUCCCUAAGCAUUGCCUUCCGCUGUGUCAGCCACUGCCCCCCAAGCGGGCUCUACGCUCAGUUGUGCCGUCUCCUGGCUUUGUGCCUGGGUCACCGUGAUCCCCAUGCCACUGCCUUUUUUGUCACCGAAUCUGUUUCCAUCACCCCUCGACGCCAGUUGCUCACCACCCUUCACCGGCAACUCCACAAAGCACAGAAGCAGCAAAUACGAGAUGUGACUGAGCGGCUGCAGGGGCUGAAUCUACAGGAAGAGUCCAAAGGUGUCCCCUUCACCCGCCUCCAGCACCUCUUUUCAUUCAGGACUCUAAGGCCUGGCUGCUUCCCUCAGCCCGAGAAGAAGAGUUUCCAGGAGCUUCUGGCUCAGAUUCCUAGUGGGGUGACUGUGUGUGUACUGGCCUCCAUCAGUCUCCAGUCUGGAACUAUCGGAGAUACAUUACUGUUGACACGUUUGGAAAAGAAUACUUCCCCUGUCACCAUCCAGAUACCCACCACCCAAACUAAGCUGCCUCUGAGUUCAGCCUUGGGAGAGUUUGAAGCGAUCCAGAAGGAACAGAAAGAGAACAGCAACUGUACAGAGAAGACCAAGUGGUGGACGACUCGGCUGAAACUGGAUCGAAGGAUGGAGGUCCUCAUCACUUCCCUGGAGAAACAUGUACUAGGCUGUUGGAAGGUGAUGCUGGUACCAUCCACUGGGAGUCUAAGCCUGACCCAGGAGGCCUCCUCCUUAAAGGACUCACUAGGGAAAUGUGGCUGGAAGUCUCCUGACUCAGCCUUGCUGCAGGUGGUUCUGGGUGCUGCCCAUACCCUUUCCCCUGAGGACAUUCAGGCUUUAGCCCAUGGUCUAUGCCAGGCGCAGCCAGAGAGAGCCAGCAAGCUACUACAGGAGGCUGUUGAACGUCAGCAAGGCCAGACCAGGCAGAGCAAUGGGCACCUGGUACUGGUGUUAGAUAAGGACCUGCAGAAGCUGCCCUGGGAGAACAUUCCUAGUCUUCGGACACAGCCUGUCACUCGGCUGCCCUCACUCCGAUUCCUGCUCAGCUACUCAAUUAUCAGAGAGACCCAGGCUUCAUCAGUGUUGAACAGGGGAGUGAAUCCACAAAGUACCUUCUACAUCUUGAACCCACAGAACAAUCUGGAAAACACAGAGGAGCGAUUCCGAGCCCGCUUCUGCAGUGAGGCUGGCUGGAAAGGGCUCGUUGGUGAAGCCCCAAGCCAAGAACAGGUCCAAGCAGCCCUGACAGAGCAUGAUCUGUAUAUUUAUGCAGGGCAUGGGGCUGGUGCCUCCUUCCUGGAUGGGCAGGCAAUUCAGCGGCUCAACUGCCGAGCAGUGGCCUUACUGUUUGGGUGUAGCAGUGCUGCCCUAGCUGUACAGGGGAAUCUGGAAGGGGCUGGCAUCGUUCUCAAGUACAUCAUUGCAGGCUGCCCCCUGUUUUUGGGGAACCUAUGGGAUGUGACAGACAGAGAAAUAGACCGUUACACAGAAGCACUGCUGCAAGGCUGGCUGGAGGCUGGCUCGGGGGCUCCCCUCCUCUCCUAUGUCAUCCAGGCACGCCAGGCUCCCAGACUCAAAUACCUCAUCGGUGCUGCACCAGUAGCCUAUGGCUUACCUGUGUCCCUCCAGUGAUACUUAGAAAAAGUCUCCUUUUGGUCCUUACCUCUGGUUUCUUUGUCCAACCCCCUGCUUCUGAAAUUCCCCCGUUUCAUAUUAAAUGAUUUUUUUCAUUGUU